AUGUUGGUGCACACAGAGCAGCCGUCUUUAGAUGGCUGUGUGGAGGGGAACGGGGGCAUAUCCGCCACGACGCUGCCGCCUGCGGUCACUGCGCGGCAUGAUAUCAAGCCCAAGUCCACGAUGACGGAUGACGCUCAUGGUAGCCGUGGCAGCUACCAUAUCGACACGCUCUAUGCGGACCCCGAAAUAACACUCUUGGCCUCCUCUGUGGCCACGACAGUGACCAAGUCGGUGCUGCACCCUCUGGACACCCUCAAGUGCCGAGUGCAGCUGCUGCGCACCGAUAUAACCCCGCCGACGCAGCCGUACCAACGUUACCAAUGCUACCCCAGCCAGCAGCCACCUGGUCUGCUGCGCACUCGUCUGCGACAGCUGCGGCAUCAAUACACUGGUCAGUGGACACCAGGACACCUCUAUGGCGGGCUGCCGGUGAAGCUUCUGUUCUACGUCCCCUAUCAGGCCACGUAUGUGUUGAGUUAUAACUGUAUGCAGCGUACACUGCAGGGAAUUGAUAGAGAGGGGAAGGAUGCGGCGGGUCAUCGCACUGCAAACUACGUGUGGCACACUGUGGCCGCGGCGGUCUUCGCCGAGGUCGUGAGCGCCGGGCUGCGUGUGCCGAUGGAGACCAUGAAGAUGCGCAUUCAGUCUGCUACCGCCCACGGCUCUUUCGAUGCACUGCGGCAGUUGUGGCAGCAAGGCUUCGCCUCCUGUGCGCGCCUCGCCGUGCCACAGGUGCUCAUGCACGACAUACCGUACUCGAUCAUUCAGUGGGUGACGUACGAGACCCUGCGGCCAUGGACCCAGCAGUGGAAGGCACGCUUGGAGGAGCAGAGAGGCGGCACGGAGCUGGCGGCGACAUCGUCAGCGUCGAAGAGCUUCUGGGCUCUCUAUGGCGUAGAGCUAGCGCGUACUCUUCUCUCUGGCGGCCUCAGCGGCCUCUUGGCGUCUGUGCUCACCGCGCCGCUGGAUAACAUCCGCGCCCGCGUCGUAGUGGCCACAGUACGGAAUCGCCACCUGACGGUCACGGAUGUGGUGCGAGACACUUAUCAGCGCGAGGGCAUGCGCGGCUUCGUGCGUGGCGGUGGCAUGCGUGUUCUGUGGGUCACAACGAACAUGGCUUGCUACUUCCCUCUGUUCGAAAGUGUGCGCUCGCUGUUGCUGUGGCGUGAAAAUGAGAGCCGCCUCACCGGCGCGUCUUCGUGA